CGCGCCAGAGUUCCACCGCACGGAGCGGGGCGGGCACCUGCUCGCACACGGGGACUUCCUGUACCGCUUGUCGUACCAGGUGGUGGACCGCGCCUACUGGAAGUGCGUCGACAGCAACGCCCUGAAGUGCCGGGCGCGCGCCAUCAUCGCGGCCGGCCGGCUGAGCGUGUCUUGCGGCGAGCACAACCACCCCCCGCACCACGACAGGAUCCGGGAGAGGCGGUGGAUCACCGACAAGUUCAACCGUGAAUACUGUUAGCUCGCCGGUGAACUGGGCGGACACUCACGGGGAGAUGUACUACAUUCCUAGCCACAAGGGCCUACCCUUGUUGGUGUACGACGGCUUCAUCUACUGCAUGUCGCACCGGCUGGGCGACCGCAGGUACUGGAAGUGCAUAGAGUACUGCACGGUGAAGUGCGGGGCGCGGGCCAUCACCCAGGACGAUGCCCUGAUGAGGCUGAACCCGGUGGGGCACUGCCACGGGACCCACCGCGACGAGAUCCGCAGGCGCACCAGCCUGCUGGGCUCCGUGUCGGCUCCUUGGUGCGAGCGCUGGCUCAGCGGGACUCCCCUCCUCGGACAGUCCGAGCCGGCUCCCGGCAAUCCGGGGCUCAGCAAACAUGGGGAUUUUUGACUUCGAGUGUAACUCUCCAAAACUGUAAUAGCAUGUAUUUUUCAGGAAAAGAUUUCAAGACUUAACUUAGAGUUAAAAUACUGUGACAUCGUCUGUGUACCGUGAUUGGGGUGGGUUUCUUUGCUGGCAAAUGUCUGCUGUUACAAUACCAAUCACAGUAAUUCAGUGUGGAAGCAAACUUGUCCUUAGUGGCUUGGUCUCUUGCACACUGCUGCCAAUUGCAAAUAAGAAACAGCUGGCACAGGCAUACCAUAUUUGCAGUCGAAGGAGGUUAAUAUAUUUUCGUGGAAAAUGUCUGCCCCUAGUUAUCAUUAACAGUGUAUUAUACUUAUUAAAAACUAUUUUUUCGCUUGCUUAUACACUCGAUGUGUUGAAAUCACUGUCUGAACUUUUACAUUUUGUCACAGUGGAAUGUUUUACUUUAAAAUCAUUUUGUAUUAUAAUUUUUCAAAACAUUUACUCUAAAAUAUAAUGUGUGCACUUGUGUUGUACCACUAUGUUGUUAUGUCAAGAUAACUGCUACCUAUUAAUUUUUUUGUUAUUUUGUACAUAGAAACAGAAUAAAAAAGAAUUUGCUUGCCUUGUUUUAUAAUACUAUUUCUAUCCCUAAAACUUAGAAUGUAUAUAAGAUAAAGUUAAAAGAAGACCUUUGCUGUGAUUAUUGACUAUAUGUUUGUGAUAAAUAUAGAACUUUACGGUGGUUCAUCACUUGUAGAAAGUUUAUAUCUUCUGCACAGCAGAACUCUGUGGAUCUUCCUGUAGAGCUUUCAAACUUAGCAAUACAGCUAUAGUAGCUAUCAGUGUGUGUCUUUUUACUCCUCCAGUGUGUUUUGUAUUUACAGUGCAUCAGUGACUCACACCAGUAUCCCCCCAGCAAGGUGUUCUAAAUUAAAUUUCAUGAACAAUGGUAGGAAAUAAACUAAAAUAAGCUUUGUAAUGAUUACACCAAUUUUUUUUUUCCAAUGAAUUAUUUAAAAAAAAAAUCUAACUGAAACAUUUUAAAAGCAAUGUCAAAAAUCAUAGUUAACGUGGGCUAUACUUGUUGAAACAUCUGCACUCGGAUCUGCAGUGGGUGUAGAGGAAAAUAAGUAUGUAGUGGGUCUAAAAAUUACCCGAACCUUAAGAGUGCUCAUAAAAUUACUGCAAUUUAAUUUAAUUUUAAAAAUUAUAUUCAUAAUUUUUUUAAUUUGUUUAAUGAAGUCACUAAUAGGAGGCAGGCUGAUGCUUGCUAUUUUGAUAUUGCUUAAGCAUUUGAUAUGGACUAAUGGUUAAUCAUUCAAUUAUUUUUGGAAACUUACUAAAUUUUGGUUUUAGUGACAAUUUUGUUGAUUGGUUCUCCACCUAUCUAAAUAAUAGAUCUUUUUAUGUAUCUUUUAAUGAUAAUAUUCGCUCCUUGUCUAAAGCUUGCUCAGGAGUCCCUCAUGGAAAUACAUUGUCACCUCUACUUUUUAAUAUUUUUUAUUUAUGAUAUUUCUCAAGUUCUUAAUCACACUACUUGUGUACUUUUUGCUGAUCUAAAUUUUUUUAGAAAAAUCACAGCAUUCCAUGACAGUAUGCUAAUUCAAAAUGACAUACGUAAAUGCAAUUAACAUGUGGUGCAAACAAAAUUUAGUUACUUUAAUAAUAAAAAAAUCAAAAUAAUGUAUUAUGCCAGAAGAUAUAAACCUCUUAAAUAUGACUAUAAAUUAGACAAUGCUUCAGUUUCCAAAACAUCAUUUUUAAAAGAUCUUAGCAUUAUUUGAGAUUCUAAAUUAUACUUUCAUCAUGUAUAAUAUUUAAUUUCCCGUUCCUGAUGAACCCUUGCCCCAAUUAAGUACAGUACAUCACUUUUUAUGCUACUAAUUUUGAUUCUAUUCUCACUUAAUUUGGCUUUAAUCAGAUUAAAAUCAGAAUACUGGUCAUUAAUUUGAAAUAGUAAUAACAUAUCUGAUAGUGAAAAAAGUAGAUCACGUUCAAAACAAAUUAUAAAAAUAAUAAAUUUAAAGAAUUUUCUCAACUUACUUUAACUUCCCUUUCAGAUCACAUAGCUUAUUUAGAUCGCUCUUUUUGUUUAAAUGAUAUAAUUUCAGAAUCAAUUGCUAGUAUAUUUUAGAUAAUACUGGAGAAUGUCCCAUUUCAGUAGUCGCUUAUCAUCAGCUUUGUGUACGGUUUAUAAUAAUAAUUAUAUUAUUUAUAGGUAAAUUCAAAACUCUGACAAAUUUUAUUUGAAUUUUUAUUAGUUAAAAUAUUUAUACUUGGAAUAUUUUUACCUUCUAUUUAUUGUUCUUGCGCUCAAUUCUUUAUUUUAUGUAUAUAUAUGUAUAUAUAUGUAUAUAUAUCACAAAAUAUUAAUUUAAAAUUAAAUAUUUCCUUGAAAAUGUUAAAUUGUUUUAUCACUUUGUUUUUCCAAUUAAGUUUGUUAUAUAUUUAAGUUUUCCAUAAAAAAAUAAUAGCUUUAACUUAUCUUUUGUGAACUACCACAUUUUGUCGUUCUCAAGAGACCUGGUGUUGAUAUUCGUUAAUUCCCACCCACCUGCACCUUCUGCACCUUUCACACCACCUCCUGAGCAGCUGUAGCACUUCAGUUGCUGACGUUGUAGUUGCAGCUACCAGUGGAACUGUCUAGUUGUUACUCGAAUUCUCUUCUGGUAACAUGAACACCUUAGUUACUGUUUAGUUGCAGAAGAUACAGCCCAUUCGAAAAAAAAAAAAGCUAUAAAGAUUCUAAAGAAAAAAGGUUUUAGAGUAUAAAAAUAAUUUUUUAUGAUGGUGGACUUAAUGAAGGGAGGUUUAGCUGUAAAACUUUCCAUGGUACCAGUGGGUAUCUGUAUAAUUUGUAUUGUUAUCUGUGCUGAUUAAUUUGCUGAGAUUGGCAGAACUGAGAACCAUGACAGACACAUCAAUUAUUCUUUAAUUAUUCUUUCAUUAAAUAAAGUUCAUUUUAGUACUUAAAACUAAUUUUGAUCACAUUGCAUGUUCUUUUUAACACGUAGAAUGCAGAUAAAUAUUAUGUAUUUAUUAGCAGGAAACACUUGAAUGUGGAUUGUUUACUUAUUUUAUGUGCAGAUAUAAUUUUUUUUAUUUUUCAGAUAGCAGUAGCAUAGUGGUUCUGCAGUAUGCCACAAUGUUGGUAGGUUUAUUUUGAGCCUGAGGUUAUCUUAAUUUCCUUUGGUGCAUUUUACAAUCCAAAAAAAUAAACAAGUAGGAUGUGAAGUUUUUAUUAUAAUAAUUAAAUAAUUCUACAUUUUAAAUAAAAAUGUUUAUUUUGAUAAUACUUUAGGCAAAAAUAUCAUUGAUCAUGGACUCGAAAUUUCUCUGAUGAAUUUUCAGUUCUGAAAGUACGUACAUUUUUAUUAUGAAGCAUCAUUUAGACCUAUAGCAUUGUCAGUAAUUCUGUGCGUUACACUGCAACACAAAAUUAUACUGAUGUAAUUAGCAGGAAUGUGCAGAUAUUUUGUAGUGCAAUCAAUAUUAUGACUUUCAGAACAUUUUAUUUUCAAUUUCAAUAAUAAAUUCUUUUACUUUAUGUCAAUGAAAUAUACAUUUUUGAGUCAAAGGAUUAUUUAAUGGCCUAAUGAAUUUUCAUUUGGUUUACAUGAAAUUACUGUACUAUGUAGUUUUGAAUCCAAUUUUUUAUUUUAUAAUGAAAAAUCUUACUACUUCAAUUAUCAAUUUUAAUUUUUUAGUUUUAAACAUGUUUAGUUGUUCUACAGGAUGACCUUCAAUAUAAUUGCUCUAAAAUAUAAAUGAAUCAAAUGUAGGGUGACAUUAAUAUAAUGCCUUGAAAUUAAGGUGAUGUAGAACAUAAGACUAGCAUAAAAAUUAACUCAACCAUGUUUACUUUUCAUUUCUGUCUUGUGAAAGUUCAUCAUUUAAAAUUUUUUUUUUUCACCUAAAUAGUUGUUGCAUUAUAAAAAUCAAUCCUAUUUACCCUGCAAUUUGUGUAAAAAAAUGUUCUCCAAUUAUUUAAUUAGUUAACUAGGUAAGCUUAGAGAAUAUUCUUUAUUAAAUGAAAUUACAUUAUUAAAAUUUUAAUUUUG